GUGAAGAUGUUCCAGAGUACCAGCUGGCGUUCCAGGCAGAAGUCGGGAACCACCCGAGUUUUGAAGACAUGCAGAGCCUGGUGGUCCGGCAGAAAUUUAGACCCAGAUUCCCUGACUGUUGGAAGGAGGAAAGCCUGGCUCUGCGGUCCCUAAUAGAGACUAUGGAGGACUGCUGGGACCAGGACUCUGAGGCUCGACUCACAGCUCAGUGUGCUGAGGAGCGACUGGUUGAACUCGCACUGCUAACCCCACAAACACUGCUACACAACUACACAGCACUGCACAACCACAGGAAUCUGUCACAUGGCUGGACCUCUCAGUUUGGCUCCGCCUCUUCCUACAUCGCGGAUCUUCAGGUGGGCGUGGUCAGAAGUCUCCAGGGAGACAGUCAGUCAGCACCAGUUGUCAUAACAAGCUCAGGUGGAGUAGAAGGUGUGAAGAACAGGAACUGCAUCACCUCCAAACGGCAGCAGGAGCAGGGUCCGGUUUGCUCCAGGAGCCUGAAGCUGGACUCUGUCCUCUGCACCGUCUCUGAGUCUCAGCUCACUGGGGGCGCUGCGUCCAGUGUUCCUGCCUGUCUGCAGCUCACACAAGAAGACCUGGAGGCCUCCAAGCUGGACCCAGAACAGGUCCAGAAGAACCUGAGGGAAGGUUCUGAUGAAAACCUGAUGGAGCACUCACAGAAACAGUUCUGUUCAGAACCACGGACCUCCAGCCUGCUGGACCCCCACACACUGAACUGGACCCAA